UAAAACAGAGGCACCGCACUACUGUACCAUAAAUAAUAUGUUUUAUCAUCUGUCAGAAUUCUUUUUCUUGAACCCGGUUUGAAAAUAUGGCUCCACCACAGCCCAAGGCGGCGGCCAAGCCCGCCGCGGCCCCAGCGGGCGGAGUCAAGAAGCCCAAAGUUGGUAGACCAAGAAAUUACGACUUGGGUAAUGGAGUUGUCCGAUUCUCCAAGACUAAGAUGUUCCAUAAGAAGGCUAAGUACAAGUUUGUUGGCAAAAAGAACCCCAAAGCGGCAAAGCCCAAGAAGCCCACAGUGGUGGUGAAGCAGAUUGGUGGUGAGAAGAACGGAGGCACUCGCACAGUUCUGCUCAGUCGGAGGAGAUCAUUCUACCCCACCCAGGACAAGUUCCGCAAGCGUCCCCACCACAAGACGUUCAGCAAGCACGUGCGCAGGAUCCGACCGAAUCUGAAGCCAGGAUCUGUGCUGAUCCUGCUGGCCGGCCGCCACGCCGGCAAGCGGGUCGUGCUCGUGGGUAUCCUGCCCAGCGGAUUGUUGCUCGUCACUGGACCAUUCGCCUUCAACGCGUGCCCACUGCGUCGCAUUCCCCAACGGUUUGUGAUCGGUACAUCGACCAGUGUAGACCUUGGAGACUUCAAGCUGCCCGCGCACCUCGACGACGCCUACUUCAAGAAGAACAAGAAGAGCGUGAAACGCAGCGUUAAGCGCAAACAGGGAGAGGACAUAUUCGUUACAAAGAAGGAGAAAUACGUUCCAUCAGAACAGCGUAAGACCGAUCAAAAAUUGGUGGACGAGGCAGUUAUCAAAGCGAUCGGCAAGCGCGCCGACAAGAAGACGCUGCGCGGUUACCUCAGGGCGGCGUUCGGGCUCCGCUCCAGCCAAUUCCCGCACCGGCUGCGCUUCUAGGCAUAAGUUAUAUAAAACGUGGCAAUAAAUUCUAUUGACCAA